UAAACAAGCAAAAUUUCAAAAAUUCUGGAAACGCUAUCUUGUAGAGAUUCGUUAGACGAGUAAUAUGGCAUAUCUAACUCAGUUUACCCCAAAAUGACGUUUGUCAUAAGAUAGCACAACAGCGACGAUUUGUGUCUUUCAAGACAUACAAUAUGCCCAAUGUUUGGUUAUCAACAGAUCAUGUUUGCAUUGUAUGGUGUUUACAAUUUGUAUUAGUGGUCAACAGAUUUUUGUAUAGCAUAGUUCAGAGAAGUGAUCAGGCAAACAAUAAAUUUAUUGAUAACAAAAGCAUAAAACUGCAGCACGCGAUUCAUUAUUUUAAGGAUGAAACUUUGGUUUCUGCAUCUCAAUUUGACAAUGAUAUUACGAAAGAAGAUUGGAUUGAAGAUAAUCGAGUACACAUCAAUCAUAUUUUUGACCGAGGGUUAUUCCGAACGCGAAUACAAAUGAUUACACUCAAUCCAAAUCCACUAUUUAAACAUAUGAAAGCGGAUGUUAUUAAUUUAAAUACAAGAGAAUGGAUUUAUGGAUGCAUUGCGAAUGUAAUCAACAAAUAUAUACGGUACUGCAAUUCGGUAUGGUCUGCAAGCUUUACUCAUCUGUGCAAGUGGAAAACCCUGUCGAUUUUGUUUGAAACAAUCACUCUAUCCGUCGUUCCUGAAAGCAAAAUUUGCAUAAAGCUGAAAGUUUUUCGAAAACCUGGAAAAUCGCAUGUUUUAAAGAAAGAAGAGGAACUAAUUUUUCAAUUGGAUAAUCGAUUGCGCAAAGGUUGGUUUUCCGGUUGAUCACGAACGACUAAGGACAUUCGUAGCGUAUACGUUCAUCUUAUCAGGCGGAAACAAUCCGUUCACCGAUGGUAUUCCCGGUCGAAAGUGGUUGAAAUUGUUCCAUAGACCACAUCCCAAUAUAUCUCGGCGAAUCCCUAGUGCGCUAUCAAAGAAGCAACGGACAAGUGUAAUGGAACCAAAAAUUCAAGAAUGGUAUGAUAGUAUUCAUUGGUAGUUCGAUACGAAUAAAUUGCACCACAUCGCAAGUAAUCUUGUCCGUGUGUUAAAUAUGGACGAAC